AGAAGACUUAGCUUUACAACAAUCCAGAAACAUUUACCAGUAAUAGUAGAAAGAGAUAGCUAUUUGUAUGGAUAUAACAUGGAAGACCCUAAACGAAACACACUUAUGUCAGAUUCAUUGACGAAACGAGACAAAAAGAGACAACAAAUCUCAUCCCGUUUGAACAAACUUGAACUCACGUUCAGAAACGAUCGGGAUAUAUUUUAUAGAAACCUGUUGCAUGAACUUCAGACCAAACUCGCGACAUUACAGCAGGGCACCAAUGAUGAAUUCAUGAAUCGACGUAUUGAGUUGGAAGAAGUACGUGAUUACGAAUUGACCAAACUUCGAUUAUGGGAGGAGUAUCAGGUGAAACGAAUAGAAACAGAAUACAACGAAGAUUUAGCCCGGGCUAAGGAGAACCAUGACAAAAUGAUCAAACUAAUCAAAGAGAAGUUGUACGACAAGCUAGAAGUUCAGAUCAAACAACUUAAAGAAGACAAGAUGUUGUUGAAUUUAGUCAACGGGAACCUGUGGAACGACUCAAAUUCAAUUUCCAAAGCUACAGCAUUAGGUGAUGCUGGGUUUACUGUCAGUGAUAGACGAUCAUUAAGAAAACGAGAGAUUUCCACACGGUUCACCACGGGCGAGGCCGACGACUUGUCGGAUGGUGGGAAUGCAUCUUCAACUGCCAAUGGAUACAACGGCUAUACUUCUGCCGGCAAAAGAAGACGAUUAUAUGCCACACGAUAUUCCUCCAAUGACGAAAUGUCGUCUAGUAUAGCGAGUGCAAGCACAUCUGCCGUACCUAUUCGUAAAAACGGAGCUGGUGCUAUCAAUGGAGCAACAAGCAACGGUCAUGGUGGAAUAAGUAGUGGGUACGAGUCAAACCUCAGUGAUAAGGAUUACGAUACGUUGAAUAAUCUUAUUAUGCAGAAUGAAGACGGGGGUGCAUCUCUCAUAUUAGUGGAUAAAGUUCCAAACAAGCCUCAAACUCGAGGUUCGAAUAAACAGUUUAUGGGGCCGCAGGGGUUGAAGACGGAAGAACUAAAUGAGGAUUUAAUGUUGUUGAGGAAUGCCAUUGUAAAGAAGGAAUAGUAAUUUUGUAAUUGUUUUGUAUUAUUAGUAAAAAUAAACGAAUAUAGCAAGUGAA